GUCCCCUGAGAAGAAUAUGCAAAUGAGGGGAGCGAUGAUUGGCCGGGACUUCCUGGCUGGGAGGGAAAGCUGAGAGGAACCACAACACACUUCAGCAGAACCACAACACAAGCCAGGGAUUUAGCGUCUAAAUACAGUUCUACAAAGCAUUUCAAAUGAAGGGUAAAACUUUAGGGAGGAGUUACUUUAGAGGCGUUACUAAGGGGAGUGGCCUUACAACAGAAUAGGCGGAUUUUAAGAAAGGCUUGGGGAGGUUGUGAAUUUACCCUGCAGCAUUUUAUGCAGCGUUCCAUGUGUGUGUUGAGUUGAGAAAGGAUUCAUUUAGAAGACUAAAAUAAUCCAUCCACAUUAAACUUCCAUCCACCUUCCUGGCAGAGGAGUGAAAACUUCAGAAUCCGACUCGGCUGCUCUUGCCUGCCCUGUUUCCCAGUGUAAUUUUAGACCCGCCCAACGGGGGGAGGGGCUACACCAAGAAAUCACUGACUGGGAAUGUCAAGUUCAGAGCUGGAGGGAUUAUUGCUUGGGGCUGAAGCUGACAAUGCUGGGAUCUGAUAGAAAAAGCAAAUGAAGUGCGGGGAUAGGAGAAAUGACAUAUUGGGAGCUGAGUGUAAGGAGGAAGGGAACAAGCCGGUCAAAUCUCAGGGAAUUCAUGGCCACUGUCCGAUCUCCAGGCCCUCGGACGAGAAUCCCUCGCAUCAUCCCGGGCGGAAAGUGCGGCGACUUCGAGACCAUUCCACCAAAACCCCCUCCAACCUCGACAUCCUGGAGCAUCAUAAGCGGGAGGUCCUGAAAAGGCUUGAAAUGUCCCCGUGGGAAGAGGUUUGUGUUCUUAUUCGGCCGAAAAACCGCAGCUUCAGGGGAUUCCACCCAAAUAAUAACAAAAAAAACGGCAUUUUGCAUAAUUAAAGGAAGCGUCACAGUGAGCAACUCAUUUUUAUUAGGGAUGCACCGAAUUCACUAUUUGGGAUUCGGCCGAAUCCUUUGGGAAAGAUUUGGACAAAUACCGAACCAAAUCCGAAUCCUAA